UCUUCAACUCGUUUCCUCGCAAAGCGACCACCAUCUUCUUACGCGGGUCCGAAAACGACAGCUGCCGCCCUUUCUUAGAUGCCUACCUAAUAUCCCUCGGAAAGCGCCAGCAUGACCGCCGUAAAAUUCACCGUUUCCGCUGCCCGAGAUGCCCUCGUGGCUUCGGUAGCCGCAGCAAAAGCAGCAGACCUUCGGAGCAAGAUAGCCAUCGCCGCAGCCGUCGCCGGAGCCGCCACCGGAGCCGCCUUUUCUGCAACGAAGUCCACCGUCGAGUCGGCAGACAUACCCAGCCGCGUAGCUGCCGCAGUAGCCGCCGCGAAUAUACCGGACAAGGCAAGGAGGGGGGCGGAGUGGGUGGCCGAGAACCCAAAGCAGACUGCGCUGCUCGCCGGCGCAGGUCUCGUCACCCUCGUACCGGCCAUCAUUUCUGGGCCGGCCCUCGGGAUCCUGGGAUUUGGCGCCCAGGGGGUUAUUAAAGGUUCUGUCGCAGCGGGCAUGCAGAGCGGAAUCGGGAACGUAAUAGCGCCGAGCAUCUUCGCGAUGCUGCAGAGCGCCGGCACCGGCGGGUACGGGGUAGCCACCGUGAAUACGGUAGUGUCAGCUAGUCCCCUAGUCGCGGGAGCUAUGGGUGCUGGAAUUUCCCGUCUCAGAGCGAGGGCACGAGGCAAUUGAUAGUAGUUGACGGGCGAAAGAAUUAACGAACCUGGGGUCCCGACUGCAUCUACGCAAAUAUAUGUCUCGGGCACGCUUCGCGUAUUGUUCUCUAACGGCCGCACCCCUCG